CCCAGUGCAGCUCCAACCCUGUGGGUGUGCAGCUGGUGUCAGGAGCCUGAGCGCAGAGCCGUACAGCAUUCCAUUGUGCUCAGACCUUGGAUGGGACAGCGCAGGGGCACUUCUUGCACUGAGGGCAGAGGAACAGCUGUGAAUUCAUCAGCAUUUAUCUGCUGUGUCUGUGGCAUCCGUGGGGUGAAAAAUGCUGUGUCCUCAUGGCACCCAGCUGGGGCGGUGUGGCGGUGGCAGACAGCCUGAAGUGGGGUGGCAGGUGCUGGGGUGCCCUGUGGUGAUGUGCCCCUGCCAGCCCGGGGUGCACCAGGGUGUGCGUGGCUCCAGCAGUGCUGGGCACAGUGUGUGGCAGCCAGGGCGAGGGCAGGGAGUGCCUGCUGUGUCGGCACUGCUGUGUGCUCAGGCACAGUGACAUCCACACAAUGUGACUUCUGAGGGAUGGAGAUCCGGUACUGGCACUGCCCAGCAUGGCAAGGAGUGCAGAUGUGCCGUGGCCCCACUGGGGGUGACUGAUAGGCAGGGCUGAGAGUCACCACCUCCAUGUCACAGCAUGUGCAGGGAAAAUUGAAUGACUUUCAUGUGACCAUUGCUGAUGAAGUGGUGGCUCACGCAGUCCCUUCACCAGCACUUCCCUGUGGAGUGGCACACCCCGUGACCACAGCUGGUUCCGUGCCUCAUGCCCGGCUCCGUGCCCCGUGCCCAGCUCUGCGCCCCAUGAGCAGAGAGGCUGAGCAGCCCUGCUAUCUCAGGGGCUGUGCACGCCCUGCCCUGGGGGCUGUGUGCGCUGCUUCAUCCCGUGCCACGCAGGGGCUGUCCCAGCACACGGCCAGGCUGCGCCGCUGAUGUGCAGCUGCGGUGCGGUGGGGCCGUGCAGUGGCACAGGGAUGCUCUCCCCCCCCCCGGCGCUCUCUCCCUGAUCUAUUUUCCUUCCCGCGCGGUGCCGGGUUUCCUUGGAAACCUUUACACUCGCAGCGCGCGACUCCUGUGCGGGGCCUGGGAACGCGGCGGGGGGCCCCCUCCCAGCCCCCUCCCAGCCCCCGGAGCGGGGACAGGGCCAUGAAUGCCGGGAGGGGCCGGGGUCUGCGAGGCUGUGCCGCGUGUGGGUACUGGAGAUCGGGAGUGGGGCAAUGGAGUCAGAGCUGCUGUGGGAUAUGGGGCCAGGCGGGGGUCGGGGGUGCGGCGCUGGGGCUGUCAGUCACAGCAGUGGACUUUGGGCACCGGCUGCAGGCAGAGCCGGGCGGCUCCACAGGCGUCAGGGCUCAUUAGUGCCAGCAUGUGAAAUGCCAUUAGCAGGACUGCAGGGGGGCCUGGGCAAAGCCCGCUGCCCUGGCUGAGGAUGGGGGGACAUGGUGCUGGACCCUCCCUGGCCCUGUAGGUCACACUGGGGAGCAGGAUGGGGUGGAACAGCGCAGUGCUGGGCUCCGGGACUACCGGACUGGGGACGUGAUGGGGACAGAGAAACGUGCCGGUCCCACAGCGUCUGCAGCGUGCAUUGCACCGCAGAGCUCGCAGCGCACAGCCCGCUGCCGGCCCAGCAGCUGAGCCCACCGCACGCAUCCUGCAGCAGACCGCACCGCAGACCCCGCGUGCGUCCCUGCUGGGGGGGCUCCCCCGGCCCCGUGCCAGCGCCGGUGCUGGGGUGCGGGCAGUGCCGGGGGGUGGGCAGCACGGAGCAGCCUCACACCACCGGGGUAAAAAUCCUCACCCGCCUGUUCAAAGGACGGCUGCCCUCGCUCCCCGCCUUUGAAGUGCUGCCGACGCCGGCCACGGAGGUGCCGCUUCACACCUCCGGCCCGGCAUAAAGCCGGGACUCCGGGGCUGGCGGCUCUCAGCCCUCAGCCAUGGCCCGCCCGGCAGCUCCCGGCCUCGCGCUCCGCACCGUGUCUCCGCUGCACGACUGGGGUCUCCCCGCAGCCCCCGAGCCCGAGGGCUACAGCAGCAGCUCGCCGGCACCCUCACCCGACUCCUGCGGCCUCUCACCCCCUGCCAGGGCACCGCGCCGCGGUCCGGCGGGCAGGAGGGGAUCGGGGGUGGCCGGGGGCCCACGGCAGAGCGCCAGCGAGAGGGAGAAGCUGCGGAUGCGGCGGCUGGCGCAGGCCAUGCACCGGCUGCGGCACUACCUGCCGCCCGCGCUGGCGCCCGCCGGGCAGAGCCUCACCAAGAUCGAGACCCUGCGCCUCGCCACCCGCUACAUCGCCCACCUCUCGGCGCUGCUGGGGCUCAGCGAGGAGGUGCUGCUACUGCGCCGGGGGGCGGCCCCCCGCCGCUGCCCGCUCUGCCCCCGGGGCCUGGGCUGCUGCCAGCCCCCGCACCCCCGGCUGCGGCCCCCAGCCCCGCAGGAUGCUUCGCCCCCCGACUCGGAGGGGUGGGGGAGCCCCCCGGAGCUGCACGGGGCUCUGGAUGUGGGGACGGGGACCUGGGCGUCGCUCUCCAACGGCCCCGUGUUGGAGACCCGUCCGGAGCUGCACGGGGUUCCUGAUGUGGGGAUGGGGCUCUGGUCAUCACCCUCCUACAGCCCCAUCGUGGGGACCUCCCCGGAGCUGCAUGAGGCUCUCGCCUCCAACGUGUCCUCCUGGCCAUCCCCUCCUCACUGUGCAGUGGCAGGGACCUCUCCAGACCCCCCCAGUGACCCCUUCCUGGACACGGGGCUGCUGCUGCUGCCAGACUUUGUGGAUCCAGAGAUGGUCACCCAGGACAUCUCAUCAGAUCUGCUCUCUCUGCUGGAGGCUCUGCUCCCACCGCAGCCCCAGGACUGAGCCAUGCACCAUCAGAUGCCCACGACUUGCAGGACCCAGGGAGACAUGUGUCUCCCCUUGGACAGCUAAGGGGUGGUGAAAGCAAGGUGCUUGGAGCCCGGAUCCAUGCUGGCUAAGACUGUACAUAAUAUACUGUGACUGUACAUAAAUAAACCCUUUUGCCCACUCUG